AACAAUUUGAUUUUUGGGACAAGAAGACCAUCAAUCUCUGACACAAAUGAAAAAACACCCUCCCCCUUCACUGUCAAAAGCUGCAGAAUUUCCGACAUCUUCUUUUUAUCUCCGCCGUGAUUCCACCGCCGACCGCCGUAACAGACAGCACAAACUUUCAGAAUAACACGUCAACUUGUCAGAGGCUGACUGGGCCGACGAGUACCCUCAGGGUAAGACAGUGCCAGAGGAAACUCAGACACGUCAGCUCUCUUCCACCGAUACUUCCGGUUGCCUUUCCCUGUAAAAUUUUGAAGCAGAGAGAUUAUGAUGGAGUGGGAAAAGCCUGAGCAGCAAAAUCCUUACCAUCAUCAGAACCCUCCUCUUCGAGACGAUCAUCUCCAUCACCUCACCGGAACUACCGCCGGCGCUCUCUACGUCAAAGUCAUGACCGACGAGCAAUUGGAGACUCUUCGCAAGCAAAUUGCUGUUUACGCCACCAUUUGUGAGCAGCUAGUUGAGAUGCAUAAGACCCUCACUGCUCACCAGGAUCUCACAGGAAUGAGGUUGGGUAAUAUGUAUUGUGAGCCAUUGAUGACAUCUUCCAGCCACAAAAUCACUUCUAGACAACGAUGGACUCCGACGCCUGUGCAACUUCAGAUCUUAGAGCGUAUAUUUGAGCAAGGGAAUGGAACUCCCAGCAAACAAAAGAUCAAAGAGAUAACCUCUGAACUGGGUCAGCAUGGCCAAAUUUCUGAAUCUAAUGUCUAUAACUGGUUCCAAAACAGGCGUGCUCGAUCGAAGAGGAAGCAGCAAAGUACAGCACCCGCCUAUGGUGAAUCGGAAGUGGAGACAGAAGUCGAGUCACCAAAAGAUAAGAAGACAAAACCUGUGGAUUUUCAAACUCAUCAAUCCUCUGCAUCUUUGGGGGACGACAUGUGCUUCCAGAGUCCGGACAUGAGUUCUGAACUGCAUUUCCGGGAUCCAAACACCAACAAAGCUGAUACUUUGUUUCCUUCGAAUGGAAGUUUAAAAACUGCGAGAAGUUUCAACCAGAUGUCUUUUUAUGAGGCAGGGAAUGAGCAGUUGACAGGAAAGAUUGAAACACCAGAGAACUAUAGUAUUUACCAGCAAGCAGAAGGCUACAGCAUGACCGAACGACCAUGAAUUCUUAUACAAUUAACACAAGGUGUAGUUGUCUUAUUACGAAUAUGCUGGACUUCUAGCUCUCAUGUGACUGUGAUUUAGUCUGAUAUUGAAGGAGACGGUGAUGACGAUGACGAAUGAUGCUGACUUGUGUGCUCGUAUCUUGUCGUGGAUUGUCGGAGUAUUCAGUUUUGAGUAAUGUAUUUUGGUUGAAUUGUGUUUGGAGAUGAGCAUUGGGAGUUUGAUUGGUUGAUUGAGCAAUUCAAAGAGUCUUUUUGAGUUUGUUGAAUGACCCCUUAAGAGGAGAGGAUGUAUGGUGUCCAUUUGUACAAGAAUGUGUUUGUAUUAAAAAGGAUGAUUGCUAAAAUGAUGAUCCUAAUUGAUAGGAGAAUGGGCACAGCCUCUGACAACCUCAUUCUCUUUCGUACUA